UCGCAGUGGAUCAACUUGUUUAUUUUGGUUAUGUGUUAGUGCAUUCGGUUGUGGACUCAGUGCGAUAAGGAUUAACUUUUUUUUUUUUGACACCAAGUGCUGUGAACUUUUAACAAAUAUUGGAUUAUUUACAAGCCGAUAUCUGAGGUACGCUGGCACUGCACCAUGACAAGGUCAUUUAAAUUUUACGUCCUCGGUAUAUACGCUGUAUUACUGCUAGGGGAAAUCCGCUGCGAUGCUCCCCUGUCAGACUCAGCCUCCCUCCCCUUGGAACACCGGGCGGUUUACGGCCCUCCGUUGUCAGGACCGGGGUACGCACCCCCCGCACUUUUACAAGGUGCCGGAGGCGGCGGCGGCGGCGACGACCCAUGGCCAUUAGCAACCCCCGACAUGCCCCAGAUCAAGCACCUGCAAGUCCAGUGCGAGAAGACGCAUAUGCGAGUCAACAUCGAAUUCGACCGACCAUUUUACGGAAUGAUAUUCUCGAAGGGUUUCUACAGUGAUCCACAUUGUGUGCAUUUGAAGCCGGGAACCGGGCAUUUAAGUGCUACCUUCGAAAUCUUCUUGAACAGUUGCGGUAUGUCCUCGUCAGCUAACCACAAUGCGGCUAGCUACGGUGGACCGACACCCAGUGGAAGCUACGUCGAGAACACGAUCAUCAUCCAAUACGAUCCGUACGUGCAGGAAGUUUGGGAUCAAGCCAGAAAGUUGAGGUGCACCUGGUACGAUUUUUACGAGAAGGCGGUCACCUUUCGGCCCUUUCAAGUCGACAUGCUCCACGCUGUUACCGCCAACUUCCUCGGAGACAACCUGCAAUGCUGGAUGCAAAUUCAAGUAGGAAAGGGACCUUGGGCCUCCGAAGUAUCGGGCAUUGUCAAGAUUGGACAGACCAUGACCAUGGUGUUGGCUAUCAAGGAUGACGAAAACAAAUUCGACAUGUUGGUUCGUAACUGUGUGGCUCACGACGGCAAACGUGCCCCUAUCCAACUUGUCGACCAGUACGGCUGCGUGGUACGACCUAAGAUCAUGAGCAAGUUCCAGAAGAUCAAGAACUUCGGACCAUCAGCUUCAGUGGUGUCGUUCGCCUACUUCCAAGCCUUCAAAUUCCCCGACUCCAUGAACGUACACUUCCAAUGUGUCAUCCAAGUAUGCAGAUAUAACUGUCCGGAACCGAAAUGCGGCGGCCAUGGCCUAGGAUUGACAAGCGAAUACGGCCCACCACCUCUAGGAAACGCUCUGGGAAGCGGCGACUUUGGAGGACACGGCGACUUGAAUUCCGAGUACGGUUUACCUCCAGCCGCCGAGUAUGGACUUCCUCAAGCAUUCCCUGACCCAAGGAACCCACCAGGACCCACCGGAUCUUACUCCGAACCACACCCCGACGUAGUACCCGCCCCACAGGCACAGACAUCUUCGUCCUCCACAUCCAACCCACCAAACCUCUCAUCACCCGCACCUCAGGUAUCCGCCCAGACCAGCAACGAAAUCCACUUGCCUCCUCCACCACCACCAGGCCACCACGGAUCUUACAACACGGUGAAGAGGAAGAGCAACAUCGCCGACGAAUUCGAAGGUAACCUGGCCACGUUGGGAGGCAGGCCCAGAUCCGUCGAGAACCUACCGGCCGAAUUGCAAGGAGCCAGACGAAGACGCAGCCCCGAAGUUUACAACAUUGUGGUCAGUCACGUUUACAAGCGCGAAGCACAAGAAAUGACCGACGUCAACACUAGUCGUACCAUCCAAGUGGUAGCCCCAGGAGACGUAAACUUCGCCCUGAACUCGGCCCAAAGCAACGAGACUGUAGUGAUCCAAUCGGCAUCGUCCGCUGAUCCGGAAACGAUCUGCAUGUCCGUCCCGAGUUUCGUGGCCGGUCUGGUGAUGCUGUUGCUGGUACUCAUCGUGGCCAGUUUGGUGGCCGCCUUCCUGUUCGUUCGUGUACGUGCGAUAGAUCGUAAAGGAGUCGCAUCUGCCUACGUUGGAGCUAGAGGUUACGACAACGCCGAGUUUGUGAAAGUGGCAAAUUGACAAUUUGGAAUUACCCUGACUGAGUAGUGUAUUCCAAAGGUUCCAAAGAUGUUCAGGUUAAACGAGUGAUGCGCGAUCCGAUCAAAACUUCCUUCAUCGUACUGGCAUGGCGGGAAAAACUGCGUGCAACAAUUUUUUUCACUAUGUCAUAAUCAUUAGUUAAACUAUUAACUCAUCCAUCAACUUCUCGUGCUAGUGGACAGCCUGUGUAGUUCCGCUGUUGCCAGCAUGAUUCUAACCUUUAUUUAUUCUAAGUUAUUUUUUUAUAUUUUUAGAUUUUUGUUAUUCAGUGUAGAGUACGCUACUUGAAUGUGGUUGUAAGUCAUGCUCGGCAAGUUCUGUGAACAAUUCAAAAGAUCGCGACUGAUUAAUGUUGAAAGCGCUAAAGGUGACCACGCACUGGAAAGUGUGUGGUCAACUUUAGGCGUGUUCUCUAUGUGAUUUUUUGAAUUGGUCUGAUUCUACUGCCCAUAUUCUUCAUCGGUGCAGAUACUAGUCUUGUAGUUAGGGUAUAGAUCACAUGUAAAUAAUAUUGAAUGUUUCUAAAUUUAUUAUUGCAAAAUUCAGAGUAUUUGUUACUGAACAAGUCCCUCGGACUGUCAAGAUCUGCAGUAUUACAUUUUAGAAUUAUUAUUGUAUUAUACCGCGAACUAUUUUUAUUUAUUUAUUACUAUAUUUAGGAAAACUUUAUAAUUUAUUGGAUGUCUACAGUGAUUUUCAUAUAUGAAAAUUAACAUUUUUUAAAUAAACUAAUUUAUAAAUG